AUGGAGAGCGAGGGCCUGCCUCUCGGCUGGAAGGAGCCAGUGGUCAGGGAGGUCCUGCUCGCCGGGUCGGGAAGGGGGCAGGCGGACGAGCUGGCCCAGGCCCCACCACUCACUGAGACCGGGCUGCCUCCACCGAGGGAGGUGUUUGAUUUCACACUUGAGCUUGGCUGGACGGCAGGCGCCCGGACACUUGGACGGCAUGCUGGGUGUGUCGGUCGGGUGGAGGUGCCCCAGGUGGUGCAGUGCUCUGACAGCAGACACAGCUGCCUCACCUUGCCCUCCUGGGCCUCUAGCCCUCCCCUGCCAGGGCCCCAGCUCUGCAGAGCACCUUGGAACCUCAGCCCGGGCCCAGACAGCCUCCAGGGGGCCCGCAGCCUUUCCUGGCCCCAGCAGAUGUCCGCAGCUCUCAAGAUCUGCACCUCCUCCUCCAAGCGAGCCAGCGUCCUGAGCUCUCGUCACCUGAGCCUCUCAGGUGAGGGCAUGGCCAGCGGGGCAGAGAGUGGUCCCCCCAAACUCCUAGGACCUCAGGCCCUGCUCAUCAGGGACUCCAGUGCAGCCGAGGCCCAGCAUGGCCCCCACGGAGCACCCUGGCAUUUCAGCUGGCAGAGAGAUGUCUGGGAGGAAGCUGGGCUGGCUGGGCCCCGGUCCCCAGCCUGCACCAUGGCCCUGGGAGCUGUUGUGCCAUUGACGUUCAGAAGUCAAGCACCGGGAGAGCAAGGGAGAGAGGGCAUCGAAGAUGAAAAAAAGAAAAAGAAGCUUAAAGGGCAGAUGACUCGUAACAAGGGCCUUGCAGCCCCACAGGUGGUGCUGAGCGCGCGGCAGCUGAGGAGCCGGGAGGAGGGCCCCCUCGGUCGGUCUCUCUCUCGUCGCUGUGACCAGGGGCCCGGAAGGCAGGCUCUGAGGUCACCAGACGCAGAACGGAAAACCAGGUCACAGUCAGACCCUGGACUGAAAGGCGACGUGGCAGGGGUCAUGGGCUCUGGGCCCCCUGAGACCUUCCAGCAGGUGGCUCAUGCCGACGGGCCACAGCCUCCACCAGCUGCACCCCAUCCGGGCCUGGAGUGGACAGAGGACACAGCGAACCCCAUAUUCUGCCCCAGGCUCCCAGAUCUCGGCUCCCCUCCGCCCCACCACGUGGGCCAGCACCGUGCUGUGGCCCAUCUCCCCACACAGCUACUACUGCCCCUGGUCUGGGCCCAUCCAGGUCUCCACUCUGACCAUCUCCUGGAGCAAACAAUUGAGCACGCCGCCAAAGGGGGCGCCUCCCUGGCUUUCUCAAACACCCUUCCUUCCCGCUGUGGGACCUUCCACCUCAGUGCCCUCUGCCGCCUCCGGGCCUCCUCUCCACCCCCAGGCCGUCGUGUCUUCAUCCUUCGUCCCACGCCCCCGCCUUGGCCCGUCCUCCCCAGUGCUCCUCACGCUAGCGUCCGGCCCCUGGGCGCGCUCAGCCCGCCAUCCGUCCGUCCGCGUUCCCGAGCCAGCGCGCCGGGCGCGGGGCGGCGGUGGCGUGUGAUGACGUCAUAUGGGCCGCCCGCCCGCGAUUGGCCGCAGCCUCCUCACCAGACCCCGAACGGACGGGCGCGCGGGCGGGGCGGGGCGCGCGGAAGCCACGCCCCCGGGCGGUGGGCCGGGCGCGGCCACGUGACCCGGGGGGCCCCGCCGCCCGCCUUAUAA